AUGAAAGAAUACGCUCCACUCACCGAGGAUCGCGUGGUUCCUAUCCGUGGUUACACUCGUGCAAUGGUUAAAACGAUGACAGAUGCACUAAAAAUACCACACUUUGGUUACGAUGAUGAGAUACGGACUGACUUGGUCCCUUUUCCUGUACUUAAAAACUACGCAGUAUUCAGUGAAUGUAUCGCAUUUAUCCCGGUCUGCGCGGAUGAACUUAUUGCUGUACGCAAAAUGCUCAAGGAACUGGCAGAAGAAAGAGGAGUCAAACUGAGUUACAUGCCGUUCUUUAUCAAG